CGCAGCCGCGCUCAAAUGCCGCUGGGGCUCCUCCUCGCUUCCGACGCGGCGGCACCACGGGGGAGACCCCCUCGCGCCUUGCCUUCGGGCGCUCUGCCUCCUGCCGGCUGCACCGGCAAGGAAGGGGCCGGCCCCGAUUCAUGGGAGAGGGGGAGGCGUCGGCGGCUUAGAAGGCGCCGAAUCCCCUUUCCCCCUUCCGGGCACCUUCCUCGGCGGACGGAGACGCCCGACCAGCCACCUGCAGCUAUCCUGGACGGCUCUACUGCGAAGGGAGCCCCUCCGCUGGCCUCCUUCCUUCCUCCUUCCACCGAGCGUGCGCCGCGUCUCCUCGCAAGAGCAGCCCCAAGGAGGAAUCCGGAGAGCAAGCAGGAAACGGGCUCGCCGUGGUGGGGGGCCGGCGGAAGAUCGCAGCUGAGGAGGUGUUGCUCCUCCGGGCGGCCAGCUCUAGUCCUUUGGACCUCCUGGACCGGCUUCCCCAAGAGGACGCCCCCCCCACGGCUCCGCUCGAACAGGGGGAGGGAACGUCUCUCUUUCUUCUCCGCCUGCCCGCCCCGACGGGCCACGCCCCCUCUGCGUCUGCGGCCAAAGGGCUCCCUCGCUGGCUCGCCGGGCAAGCGGCCGGGCCGAAGGUGGUUCUUGCCCUUUCCCGCCGGCCCAGCAGCAAAGCCGCGACGCCCACGGCCCUUUAGCUCCUCCCCCUCGGUGGCCGGGGUGAGGCGCUGCGGAGGGUCUGCCCGCCCGUUCCUCCGUGGGUCGCUUCCUCCACCAUGGGCGAGCCUCCGCCGCCUCCUCGGGGCUCGGUGCUGUGCCGCCUGCAAUACCUGGACGACGCGGACCCGUUCUCGUGCGCCGCCUUUCCGGAGCCGCGUCGCCCGCCAGUCCAGCCCGUCCUGGAGGUGCUGCCGCUCGCCGCCCAAGUGCCCGCCUUCCACCGCCUGCUGGGCGCGCCGCUACCGCUGGAAGAUUGCACUUUGCAAGUUUUGCCUUCUGGGCACUAUCUGGAUCUUGAGCUUUCACUGGUGGAGCAGAAAGAUGAGCUGGAAGGGUUCUACGAAGACAUCAGAGAAGCUCUACAGUUCAAAGGGGCCUGAGCUGAGGCGCUCUCUGUUCUCCCUGAAGCAGCUUUUCCAGGAGGAUAAGGACCUGGUGCCUGAGUUUGUGAAUUCAGAAGGGCUGACAUGCCUCAUCACAGUUGGAGCUGAGGCUGACCAGAAUUAUCAGAACUACAUCCUCAGAGCUCUCGGUCAGAUCAUGCUCUUUGUGGAUGGGAUGAUGGGGGUGAUCAACCACGACGCGACGGUCCAGUGGCUGUAUACGCUGUGUGGGAGCUUGUACCGCCUCGUGGUGAAGACGGCCCUGAAGCUGCUGCUUGUCUUCGUGGAGUUCACGGAUUGCAACGCCCAGCUGCUCAUCCAGGCGGUCAUGAGGGCCGAGCAGGCCAGGGGUGGGUUUCCGUGGUCUCACCUUGUGACAAUCUUGGAGCAGAAGAAUGCGGCUGACACUGAGCUUCAGGUGUUUGCAAUGACGCUUAUCAACAAGAUUCUGGCUGCCCUCCCUGAUCAGGACUCCUUCUAUGAUGUGACAGACUGCUUGGAGCAGCAGGGCAUGGAAAGCCUCAUCCAGGAGCACCUGACCAGCAAGGGCAUUGACCCGGACUUGAAGCAGCAGCUGGUGAUCUACGAGAAUGCACUCAAGUACGAGGAUGGGGUGGAAGAGCCACCGCCAGGUGCGCGCAGGGAGCGGAGGAAAGGGGAGGAGGGCCGCAGGGGACAGCGGCGCUCACUGGGCUGUGCCGUGACUCAGGAGGACAGCCGAGGAGGGCCCAGAGCUGCAGAGGACGUCGGGCCCAGGCCAGGCCUGGAUGAGGACAGCAGAGACCUGCCCGGCUUCCAGAGCACAUAUAGCAGUGCAUCCAGCGUGCUGCUUUCUGCACCAUCUGUUCCCGCAGCAGGAGAGCAGAGUGGCAGCCUGGGCGAGAGGAGCAUUUUCAAACUUCGCGAACCUGCCUUUGCUUGGCGAGAGGAAAGCCCCCCCAUACUUGGGGACAAGCCUGUUCUGAGGCGCGUUGAAGCACGCUUCUUGGAGAACCUCGCUGCCUCCCAGAAGGAGAAGAUGUGUGCGAUCUCCAAGGGGCGAGCAGAGAUCCUCGCUGAAGCCACUCCAAGCACUGAGCAGGUUGCCCCAGGGAGCCAAGGACAGGCUGGGAGCGCUGAUGGGAAGGAGCCCGACUCAGUGUGGGCCUUGGCUGCCCUUGGGGGUGCAGAGGCUAGUGAGAGCACACCAGGAGGCGAGGGGUCCUCCAGCAGCCAUGGGCUUGGCCCCUGUUGUAUCCUGAGCCCAGGCCUUGAAAGUGUUGCGCCCGGCGACGGUGCAGAUCCCUGCAGCAAGAAGCUUAUGCUGGACAUGCUUUUCUCAAAGAGGAGCCCUACAGGGCUGGAGAGGACUCCCCUUGCCUUGGCAGAGGAGAGCCAGGCAGGUGCCCAGAGCAAGCUGAGCCAAGACGAGGAGGGUGGCCGUCGGGGCAACAGGGCACUGCGGGCCCAGUUCAGUGUUGAAGCCGAAGCCAGCCUGCAGAGUCUCGAGAGGACUGUCAUGACUCCCUACAGGAAGGAUGCAGAGGUGAUGGGGGGGGCCCUGGGGCCCAGCCCCAAGCCCCUGAAGAUCAGAGAUUUGGACUUCUCUGACUUGGGGGAGGAGGAAGAUUUUGAUAUCCUGGAAGUGGAGAUGACGGUGCCUCACCACGGAGCUGCGGGUGCAACUGGGGUGCUGGCCCCACCCCCUCCCCCCCUUCCUCCCGGCUGUCCCCCUCCUCCCCCACCGCCUCCGCUGGGCUGUGCCGUUGCUCCCCCUCCUCCACCCCCGCUGGGCUGCACCACAGAAGAUGCCCACUCCCCAGCGGAGAAGAAGACCAAGAAGACCAUCAAGCUCUUCUGGAGAGAGCUGAGAAAUCCGGAGGCCCCUGGCAGAGGAGGCCCCUUUGGGCCAGGCACUCUGUGGGCAUCCCUGGAGAAGGUGGAGAUUGACACGGCUAAGCUGGAGCAUCUGUUUGAGUCCAAGACGAAGGAGGUGCUGAGCUCCAAGAAAGCUGUUGAUGGAAAGAAGCUGAUUGUGGUCUUGGAUCCCAAGAGGAGCAACGCUAUCAACAUUGGUUUGACAGCGCUGCCUCCUGUGCACAUCAUCAAGACGGCUAUUUUCAACUUUGAUGAAUUUGCAAUUAAUAAGGAAGGGAUUGAGAAAAUCUUGACAAUGGUUCCAACCGAGGAGGAGAAGCAGAGGAUCCAGGAGGCACAGCUGGCCAAUCCAGACGUCCCUCUGGGCUCAGCCGAGCAAUUCCUUCUCUCUCUCUCCUCGGUCCCUGAGCUCACGUCCCGGCUCCAGUUGUGGGCUUUCAAGCUGGACUAUGAGACCUUAGAGCAGGAAAUUGCAGAGCCUCUCUUUGAUCUGAAGCUUGGGAUGACGCAGCUGGCCAAGAACCGGACGUUCAAGUGUGUCCUGGCCACUCUCCUGGCCAUGGGCAACUUCUUGAAUGGAUCCCAGAGCCAAGGGUUUGAGCUGAGCUACCUGGCAAAGGUGUCUGAGGUGAAGGACACAGUGCAUCGGCAGACCCUGCUGAACCACCUGUGCUACUGUGUCGUGGAGAAGUUCCCAGGCACCACAGACCUCUACUCGGAGGUUGCUGCUGUCAUACGCUCAGCCAAGGUUGACUUUGAUGAGCUGGCGGAAAGUCUUCUUCAGCUCGAGCGACGGUGCAAAAUGUCCUGGGACAGCCUGAAGGCAAUCGCAAAGCAUGACACCAAGCCAGCCCUGAAGAGUAAGCUGCUGGAUUUCCUUCAAGCCAGUACCCAGAACAUCCUCCUCCUCAAGGUCGUCCACCGGCGUGUGUUGAACAGGUUCCGCUCCUUCCUCCUGCACUUGGGCUAUGACACCCGCUCGGCCCAGGAUGUGAAGGUCACAGGCUUCUGCCGGACCCUGCGGGAGUUUGCGCUGGAGUACCGCACGUGCCGAGAGCGAGUUCUGCAGCAGCAGAAGAAACGGGCAGCCUAUCGUGAAAGGAACAGGACCCGGGGCAGGAUGAUCACAGAGAUGGAGAAGUUUGCUACCGUCAGCAAACCUGAAGUCAGCCUUGCCCCUGCAGUGCUCUCUGCCAGCCCCAAGCAGGAGGAGGACGAAGCCAGCCAUGAAAGCAUGACUACGGUGCUAAUCUCCCCUGCAGAGCCAUCUGGCCGUCACUCCCGGGCCAGCCGAGGUGUCGGGAAGCAUAGCCCUCCCAGUGUGGCCACCCCUGAGGAUGAUGCCUCCAGCUCCCCCGAGGAGGCCUCUGAAGAGAUCAUGGACCGCCUGGUAAAGUCUGUCACGCAGAGCACUCCUCCGCGGCCAGGUGCUGGGAAGGAGCGCAGACGCUCGCGAGGGAACAGGAAAUCCUUGAGACGGACCCUGAAGAGCGGCCUCAGCGAUGAACUGGUGCAGGCUUUGGGCCUGGCGCAGGCAGCGGGAGUCACUGUGUGAGGAGGAAGGCCGUGGCCCCAGAGCAGCCUCACAGAAGCGGCCCACAGCCGGAGGAGGAGGAGGUGGCUGCUCGCCAGCUGGAGGAAGCAUGUGUGUUCAGCAGAGCCCUGCGGUGCCCGUCCAGUCCUCCCUGGGGGCUGCCCCUCACGAGAACUGCCAGAAUGUGUGGCUUUAUCACUCCUUGAAACCAGCCCCCUCUCCCUGCUUGAGGGGGGUCGUGCUGGGCCCGAGCUCUCUCAAGGAGGGGGCUCUUUCUGCUUCUGAGCAGUAUAUUGGUGUGUGCUGUGUUCAGACUUCUUUUAAAAUUAAAUGUAUCUCCUGCCCUUCCUCCGCCCAGCACCUGGCUGAGGGGCCUGCAGUGCUCAGGAAUUGAGGGGGUCGGCGGUGUGGCCACUGGGAGUCAGAUGGCUCCAAAUAAAUUAGCUUGCCUCUCUCUUGCAGUGUUGCUUACCCUUCAGCAAGCCUGCACACAAUCCUCUGAAGGCUUGUUGUUUUUCUGUGGCAGAAAAGUGCUUCCUUUCAUCCCUUGAGGGAUGAACUGGUGGUAGCUGCUCUAGGAGGCCCCAUCCUGUGCAGUUGCAGCCUGCCAGUGAGGGGCAGGGGGGGUGUUUGGGCCCUACCAUUGCCACCCAGAGGUGCUGCUCCAAAUGGUACAAUCCUGUAAAAGGGAGGCUUAUUACAUGCUGCAGACUUGAGAGGGAGGUGGUUUAAAAUGCUGGCAGGUUGCAUCAAGCUCAUGUUCAAAGUGAGGAAUGAGAAAUGGAAAGUUACAGUACAGGGUGAUGUUGGCAGGCAAAGCUUGUUUAUAAUAUUUAUAUGCUAGCAUUCAUAUGCAAUUUCACUUUAAAACAAAACCUACAAAAUGAACAUUAACUAAAAAUGCAACAAUUAUAUUGUAAAAUAGAAGCUAAAUCCAAAGAAAGCAAAAGCAAAAGUGGUCAGCCACACUUUCUUUCUAAAGGGUUUCUGGAAAGUCGGCAGGAAAGAGGUGACUUGGGCCUCCUGUGGAAGGGAGUCCCCAGGCGCACUGGGGUCCUGUGGCAAAAUGGGAGAGACCUCCCCAAGGAGCCCCUGGAGCACUCAAGUGGAGGCGAGAGGUUAAGCCCGGGCUGCAGCCACCUGCUGUUCCUUGGGCUGCCUGCAGGUGGCAAUGCAGCCCCACAGCUGACUGCAGAGGCCUCUGCCUUGGAGCUGGGCACUCUUCCCUGGGGGGGUGCUAGCCCGCUUGGCCCUGGAUUGCACAUACGUAGCCAGGUUGCCACCAGAUUUUGCUUGUGUGAAACAUCUGUAUGACUUCCGGGGGAAAUUUAAAAUAAUUUCAAAAAGGUUAGUGUAUUUCUAACAGUGACUGGGCCUUUCCACAUCCAUAGUAAAGCCUCAUGCGAUUGUUGCAUAACCCCCGUUUGGCUAAGUUGUACUUUGUGAAAUGUGGGCUGCAGCCCAUGAAAAUCCCCACGCCUGAAUGUUUGGCUGAUCUUAUCAAAGCUUUGUUUAGCUAGCUACACUCAACAUUGUAAAACAAAGCCAAGAGGGAAAACAUUCUGAAUCUAAAACCACCUUUGAUCCAAAAAAUAUUCACUGAUUAGUUUUGAUGUGAUGAUGGUGGUGAGAUUUAUAGCAUUACUGGUGAUGUGAAAACACAACAAAGUCAGUAAACUAGGGCGAACUAUAUAUCGGUAAGGCAUGCUGACUACAGAUGCAUAUGAAAAUACUCUCAUGUAACCAUCAAUAUUGCAACAUUGUAUUGUUUCUAGAAAGUCCAAAAGAGAGAUGCUGUGAGCCACAGACUAGCAAACCAUCCGGCAUGGCGGCCAUCAUUAAAUCUCGCAGGAGCAAAUUCUGUGCUGUGGGUGAGGAGGACGGACUGACUUUCUUUGUCGUGAAUCUUCCAAAACUCAGGGCGGUGUUCAAGGCUUGUCCUACUCAGAGUAGACCCACUGAAGUUCAUAGACAUGACUAACUUAGGUUCAUUACCUUCAGUAGGCCUCUGCCAAGUAGGACUUAGUUGAGUACAAUGAUCAGUGUCAUUGGAUGUUCCCAGGCCCUUGGAUUAGAAGAGAGGGAGGAAGAAACUCCUCCCAAUCCACAUUCUUCACCCCGUCAUGUGUUCCUCCGUCCCCAUCGAAGACGAGGCAGCGUCCCGGUGUGGUUCCCAGGGAGUCUCAUCCAGAUCCUGGCCAUACCCGAUCUGUGGGGCGAUUCAGUCAGGGUGGCCUCACAUGCUCUGGGGCCGUCAGGGGUCCUCCCUGCCUCUUGGAGGGUGUUGGGAAGCGUAUUGUUGCUGCCCUGAAGCUGCUGGGAGUCCUCCAGCUGGGCCAGUUUGCUGCAGACCAUCCUGCAGUCAGCUUGUCUGCCCAACCGCUGUUCCACCGCAGGCAGCAGUGGCAACACCCACCCUUUCCCAGCACCAUGUGGGCUGGAGAGUGUCGCCUCUGCCUGGGCUGCAGUGGGCUGGGGGGCUGGGCCAGGACUAGGGGGGCUGCUUGCUGCUGCCGCCAGCCCCUCUGCAGCUGUGCCUUCGUCUCACCCAUGUACUUUCAGCCCCAGAAUUCAGCUUGAGUCUCCAAACAAGGAUGGCCUGUAACGGGGCCAUUAAGUAUUGCACACCUAAAGAUCUUUAAUGUAGCCUAUUCUUCAUGUCCCAGGCAUGGAGUAUUUUGCUUUCCUGUAAGACAUUUCCUUGAGGCAUCUGUCUUUGUAAGAGGCCAUAAGAACGGAGAAGGCUGUCGGUGUCAGACCAUUGGUCGGUCUAGCUUAGUGCUGUCUACACUGGCCGGCAGCAGCAGUGGCUCUCUGGGGUUUUAGGCAGGAGUCUCUCUCAGCCCUACCUGGAGACUCCAGGCAUUGAGCAGCUAGAUGGAUGCUCUGCCACUGAGCUGUGGCCCUGCCCUUUGGGUGGAAUUGAACACUGCUAAAACUUGGGACUCUAACAGAGACAGGCAACGAAAGAGGAAAUCAAAGAGCCAUGUUUUCAAGACAGUGGAACUGUCUGAAUGAAGGUAACUUAGCCAUGCCUUAAGGACUUCUCUGGCUGAACUCGGGUUGUGAGUGGCCCUAGAGAGGUCUGUCACUGGAGGCUGGACCUGUGGGAUCUGCACAAAAUGCAGCCAUGUAUCUGCCCCCCCCUUGUGAGGUGAGCUCUGUGGGGCUCAAGCAGACCAACUCUCUCUCUCUCUCUCUCUCUCUCUCACACACACACACACACGUCUUUUACAGCUGACCCUCACCGUGCCAUGGCUCCCAGAGGCCAGUGCGCAUGCUCCGUCCUCCUUGAGCUGCUUGCCCUCUGCCACCCACGGGGGAUUACAUUUUCAGUGUAGUGCACUUCUGCAUAUAUGGCGGCUGGCUGGCUGGCUUGCUCGCUCAGCCCAGUCCAUUCUGCACUCGGCCACCACCACUAGUGGUUAGAGAGGAGGAUGAGCCUGGCAGGGCAGGUCUGUCUGCUGUUGCUGGGAGGCCUUCAGUUCAGCCAUUUCUAAGACUUGUGCUACUUCCCAGGAAGGCAAGCAAGGGAGUUGUUGCGCUCCUUUCUGGGCCUGUUGGUUCAUGAAGAUUGCCCUGCAGGAAUGGAUUUCCAAGACGCUUUGCAAGCAGGCUGUCAUAAGAACAUAAGAAGAGCCUGCUGGAUCAGGCCAGUGGCCCAUCUAGUCCAGCAUCCUGUUCUCACAGUGGCCAACCAGGUGCCUGGGGGAAGCCGGCAAGCAGGACCCGAGUGCAAGAACACUCUCCCCUCCUGAGGCUUCUGGCAACUGGUUUUCAGAAGCAUGGGUCAGGCAUGGCUGGUUCUGGGCUGGGAGUGGCGGCGCUCCUGCUGCUGCCAUCACUAUCUUGACUGUUGGACGUCCCCUCCCCAAAAGCGCAUGCCUGCACUGCAGGGAACAGCAUCACCACCUUGGCUAUGGGCAGCACACAGCAGACACCCCCACCCCCUGGGAUCAUUUGCAAUCUUGUGAGGUUGGUGUGCAGCUCCAGGGUCUUACACAGUGUCAUUGCACCUCCCCCCCCCCCAAAGAAACACCUUUGCUGGCUCUCAAGCCACCAUGUCAGCUGCUUGUGCCAUGAUAGGCUGGUCUGGGGCAUGCUGGUGCCCAGGAGCUCAGCAACUAAGUGGAGAUGGGGCUGCUGUUGGUUUCCAUUCUUCUGCAUGAGGGGGCAGCGGGGAGGUGUUGGGGGUGAGUGGUCUGGCCUGAGCUGUGGAGGGCCUCGGGAGAUUACCCAUCCCAGCUGCAGAAAAGCAGAAGAUGGAUCAAGAACGCCAACUAUCUGCCGGCCUGUCUGCUUGACAGCUGUACCCUGCUCUCCAGGGGCUGCCGUCAGAUUGGCAAUGGGGAGGUGGUCUGCAGAUGUGCAUCCACCAGGGAGAGAGUCAGCCAGUUCAGGCUCAUGGGCUCUCAGGCAGGUGCUCUGAAGAGAGGCGCUCUGAAGAGAGGCGCUGGGAGCAAAAACUCCUCUUGAGAAAGUCCCUGCCUAGUGGCGGCACAGGGUUUAAUUGUGCUGGCUGAGGGGGGGGAUUUGGGCUUGCUCUCCUCCAGGGAAAGGCAGCUCCCACCCCCCUCAUCCUGCUGUGCCUCAGACUGGCUGAAGGUUUUCUCAGCUGUUCAUCAGAAAAGUGAUUUUCCUUCAGUUGAUGCUCUUUGCUAGAGGCUUGCAAGUCAAGACCAGGAUGGCAAAUGGAAAAAGUUGAUGAAAAUCUGGACAAGUGAUUCCUCUCAAGUGACUCCUCAACUGCUGCUUUCUGCUUCCCAAGCAUACGUUGCUGUUCUUGCUUAGUCUCAAUCUGUGCCAAAGGCUGAAAGCUGGAGCAGUCAUCUGAUUAGAGAAAUCCCAUCAGGUAAUCAUACAAUCUUUGUUAAUGAUCAUAUUUGCAUAUGUAUUAAACCAGUUGUUCUGAUAGCGCAUUCCACACUCAAUCACAAGGUCCAUGACAACGUCUUAAGAACAGACUCACCAAGGUCCUGACAGAGGCCACCUGUCCAUUGUGGCAGAGUCCCAGAUACGUCUGCCUGGGCCCAACCAUCCACUUCGAAGAAGCAACAAAUUAAUCCAGAGCUUCUCCAAACCCGAGGAGUGAGACAUGUCCUCUGAAAAGUGAUGGCCAAUCAAGGCUUGAUCCUGUUAGCAGAAAAUUUAGCUGAGAUGCAACCAAGCUGAGCCACGUGUGCUGUAUGCUUUACCUGACGGAAGAAGGCUUUUGCCCUCCAUUCAAAUCACAGAGACUUGUCUUAAAAAUAAGACAAGAAAUACUUGAUAGGAAAGGCACCAGUUCCAGCUUAGUUAGGGGUGCAAAGAGACGGUGCCUGCUCUCCCUGGGCUGGUUGAGGGAAGCAGGAGAGUGGAGUGAAGCCAGCUCCCUCCGUGAGAGGAUCGUUUGACAAUGCAAGGAAGACAGGCAGAGAAGGGCACAGGUAAGAACAGGCAGCCUGGUCAGCUGGAGGGCCCGAUCUUACCUAUGCAAAGAACCAAAUGGGAGUUGCUCUUGCUACACUCUCAACAGAACCUUCCUGAGCAGCUAUAAUCAAAAAGUCAUUGCAAGGCAGGCAUUCUGGCUGAGAGAGUCUGGUUUACAUCAACCCUGCAAAGGAGGCCAGUGUGGUACUACUGUUGUGGGGAGGGGGAGAGGUGGGUGUGCUGGCUGAGAGAGAAGCUUAAGGCAACCCUGUAGUGUGGUUCUAUGUUGUCAUUUUUAAAGGGAAAUGCAGCCGAAGGGCUGUUGAGUAGACAGUGGCAGUAAUAUGGGGAGAGGAAGUGAGGAAUAUGGGAGAACUG